CAGAGCGCAGAGGAAGCCACACUUCGACAGCAUCCAUGGCGGCUACUCCUUCCGCCAGCAAAUGCUUCCUUGUCACCGGUCCUCCCGGCGUGGGGAAGACGACCUUGAUAACGCGGGUUUUUGAAGCUCUGCGAGCUUCCCAUCCUCAGAUCACAAUACAGGGAUUCUAUACUCGCGAGGUGAGAGAGGGCUCCGACCGGGUCGGAUUUGAAGUCGUCACCUUGGACGGGAUGCGCGGCCCUCUGGCUUCCUCCAAGAUCUCAAGCACAGAGUCCCUUAGAUGGCCUACUGUUGGAAAAUACAAAGUGGAUGUUGAAUCAUUUGAGUCCUUAGCGUUGCCUCAAAUGCAGGUCAAAGGAGGAACCAACCUCUUCAUAAUUGAUGAAGUUGGCAAAAUGGAGCUAUAUAGUUCUUCCUUUUUCCCUGCUGUUUUGAGAAUUCUUGAUUCCAACGUCCCUUUCUUGGCUUCGAUACCCAUACCCAAGUUCGGGCGAGACAUUCCUGGAGUUGCAAGAUUGAGGAAUCAUCCUGGAGCGACUAUUUUCACAUUGGAUCCAGGAAAUAGAGAUGCCAUGAAAGACAGGAUAUACUCUCAAAUUGUUGGCCUUCUACAAAACUAAAUGUGCUUCCACUUCUUGCUGGCUGAAGAUGAUAUAAUUUAGAUGGCGAACGAGGUCUUGGUACAUAUUGAUGGAGAAUGGACUAAUAAGUGAACCAUUUUGAUGGGAAAUUAGUGAUGACAAAUGAUACAAUUAUGUUAGUUUUGGGAUAAAUGCAGCACGAAUUUUUGGAUUUCGCUCAAACGUUUCAAGCGUAUUUGAUUUUAUUUUGAAAUAAUAGGUGAUGUCUUUUCCUUUUAAAA